AGUUCAUUUGUCGAAACGUUGACUCAAGCACACAACCCCUGUUUAUGAAUUUUUUUCAGCUUUUAUCUUCACUUUUCUGCCAUUUGUUAGAGUUGACAGGAUGUAACAAUGGGCUGAGAUAUGUUGAAAAUGUACAUUGUGCCAUCAUUUCUUUGGUCCGUGUCUUUUUCAUGUACCACAUGUUUUCACAAUUUUUGAAGUUCUUGGCUUUGUCAUUUCCCGUUUCAUCUGAGGAAAACAGAAGUACCGAUGUAUGCAGGCCUCCGCUGAUGGCAUGAAGGUCGAGAGCUGGCCGGCGGGGGGCCGCCAGUAUCGCUGCCCCACCACGGGCUGUGGACGCCUGUUCAGCUCAAAGUUCAAGCUGCUGCGACACGCACUCAUCCACGGCGGCGAGCGGCCCUUCCAGUGCCCAUCAUGCGAGCGCCGCUUCCACCGCAAGGACCACCUUAAGACGCACCAGCAGGUACACGACCCCAACAAGGCGCUGCACACAUGUGCGCUAUGCGGCAAGAAGUACAGCUCGGCGCUCUCGUUCCGUAAGCACUCGGCACUGCAUGCAGCCGAGGCCGGCGACCCCGUCUGCCGCCUGUGCGGUGCGGCAUUUGCACGCCGCGAGGACGUCCUGCUGCACCUGAAGGUGCACUCAGGGGCCUCCUCGCGGCUCGUCAAGCCGCCUACCGAGCGCCGCUUCAAGUGCGACCGUUGCGAGCGUUCAUUCUUCACUCGCAAGGAUGUCAAGCGUCACCUGGUGGUGCACACUGGCCAGCGCAACUUCCAGUGCCAGUUCUGCCCACAGAAGUUUGGUCGCAAGGACCACCUGGUCCGCCACACCAAGAAGACGCACCACGGCCAAGCGGCCGCUGCCCCCUGGAUGACGGCCUUUGCGCCUUCCACUACUGCCGCGAGCAUUGUCUCAGCUGUCACUUUGACCGAGGAGCCGCCACACCACCACCGCCCGCCUCCUCCGUCGGCCAAUCCAACACUUUUGCUAACGGCAGGUUAUUGCGGCGGGCCUAGCAUUGCAGCGCCUCCACCACCUCUGCCCCAUUUCAGCCAGGCCUUCCAGUAG